GGAGGUUAUAUACUCUGACUUUUACUAGUACGGUACAUUUAAACGUAACUGCGCAGCGUGGGACACGCACACGAGGAAAACGCACUCAUUACUUUGUUGUUGUUUUUCCCAAAUCAGUCCGUUUUUUUCCCCCUGUCCUAUGGGGGACAUGUCUCACGCCCAGUUAUCGAGCAUCGCCAUGGAGAGGCUGGUGGCCAGGAGGACCUUCCCCUUCCACAAGCGCACCGGCGUAUGUCGGAACCUCUUCGGACCGGUGGACCACGACGAGCUAAGCCGGGAGAUGAGCGUCAAACUGCGGGAGAUUUCCGAGCGCGACCGGCAACGGUGGAACUUUAAUUUUGAGGCAAACACCCCACUGGAUGGAGACUACGAGUGGGUGGAGGUCUCUUCGGAUAGCGCCCCGGCGUUCUAUCAAAGCUCGUCAGUGCAGCUCGACGUGCCCGCUACGCCCGUCAAGCUGCACCCGGACGCAUUGGAACGUCUGGCCGCGCCCGAGGGUAGCGACGGCGCGUCGGUGGAGCUCAACCAGGAGAACCGCGCAGACAAGCUCAACUCCCGGAGGCUGGCCCACAGAAUGGCCCCUUGUGGCGGACGGAAGAGGCCGUCGGCCCCCGCGGAUAACAACACGCACAUCACAGAUUUCUUCGUGAAGCGAAGGAGGGCCGCGGAGAGAAAGUGUGUGGAGAUGAGCCAUCACGCCAAGUCUCCCAUUCCCUUGGAGCAAACCCCCAGGAAGAGGAUCCGCUGAAGGUGGAUUUUUUUGCACUACUACUGCUUGUGUGGGCAUGUUUGAUGGAGGAAGGAAAGAAGAAAAAGGAGGAGGGGAAGAAUGGACUAUCGCCGGCUCCCCCCCGGUCCCGUGGAUCAGCGCUGGCCGGACACCCAUUGCCGGCCUUUCAGGACUGAACCGGUCGGGCUCUCGGGGUGGGGACGAUGGAGUGUGAUUUUUUUUUUCUAUCCAGUACAAAUGUAGCAUUCAUUGUUGCUGCCACUCGACAGUGUUAACAGUGUUUUAACAUCUGUGCAAUCCUUAAGAAAAAAAAAAAAGACUUUAAAUUGUCUACACUGGCCAAAAGUGUACAGCUUUAUAGAAACAACCGCCUAUUAAUGGUUAAUGUGUCGUUGGGUUUUAUUUUCUCCAGUAAAUGUAUAUUUUUAAGUCUAUUUUAAUUUAUAAUUUAUUUAUGUUUCUUUUGUACGUGUUAAGUGAAUUCUUGAUUCAGCCAUAUGGCCUAUGUUUAUUUUAGUUCCUUAUUUUUGUAUUGGUGGUGUAUUUGCAAUCAUGUAGUUUGUAGCGUACACUAGUCGUCUUUGUCUGAGCCAUUAAAAAAAAAAUGUUUGUUCUCCAUGCAAGUUCCCUCAUGAGCAAAAAAAAAAAAGAUGAGAAUAAAAUGUUUUUUUAAAGUCAAA